AUGGAGCAAGUCAAGCUCCUCAGGCGCCGCACAACGGACCUGCUCGCCAACGCACAGCAAAACAUGGCCAGCACGCAGCAGAGCUUCCUCAGCAGCGCCCAGCAGAACAUUGCCAACGCCCAGCAGAACCUCCCCGCCCUCUCGAUGCCGCAAUUUAGCCUGCGCGGCCUCGGCCAGUCCCCUACCAGCACUGACCACGGACCCAAGGGCACCUGGGAGCGCAUCGACGACAUCCCCGCCCUCCAGCGCUCCGGGCACUCGCUCGACAUCGUCGCCGACAGCGCGUACAUCUUUGGCGGCGAGGGCAGCGACGACAAUGACAUGCACGUCGUGCGCCUGCCCGUCAGCGGCGCCAGCGCCGACUACUACCGCAUCACGGCCAUGCCCGAGAAGCCCGACGACGCGGAUCCCACCAGCACCGACGAUGCCGACGAACAGGAGCCUUCAGACGGUGGUGCAGGGUCCGAGGCCGGAAGCGGCAGCAUCAUCAGCAGCCCCAGGAUCAAGAACAAGGGCAAGGAACGCGCCAUUGACAUUGCCAAGCCAGACCUCGGCGACGUCCCUGCGUCGCGUGCCGGCCACGCCACGGCCGUCGUUGGCUCGCGCAUCUUGCUCUUUGGCGGCCGCGGCAUCGGCCCCGAAUCGAAGCCCCUCGAAGAGGCUGGCCGCGUCUGGGUCUUUGACACGCGCACCCGCGCCUGGAGCCAUCUCGACCCCGCGCCGGCCGUCAUGGGCGGCGCCAUCACCAUCCACCCCGGCGCGCGUAGCAACCACUGCGCCACCGCGACCGACAAACCCCAGGACUUUGGCUCCUCAACCACCGACAACAACACCACCAGCACCAGCACCACGACUCCCGGGCUUCCUCCCCCGCCCAGCCCAACGACCCUGCGCAGCAGGGCGGAGAGCUGGCGCGACUGGGCCGUCGGCGACAUCUCCAAGACGGGCACUCCGCAGGACCCCAUCGUCGGGUACGUCGCCGAGAGCGCCGUCGACGAGGAGUCGCGCGGCUACGGCACCUUAUUUAUCCACGCAGGCUCCCUCGCCAGCGGCGACCGCAGCAACGACAUAUGGGCGUUUGACGUCCGCUCCCGCAUGUGGUCCGAGCUGCCGUCCGCGCCGGGCCCCGCGCGCGACGGCGCUGGCAUCUGCAUCAGCAAGAGCCGCCUUUUCCGCUUCGGCGGCUUCGAUGGCACCUCGGCCGUCGGCGGGCAGCUCGACUACCUGCACCUCGAGGUCGAGACGAUGGACGACAAGCGGCGCCCCGGCAACAGCGGCGGCAAGACCGAGGUCGCGGUGCGCGCCCGCGACGGCUGGCAGACUGUCCUGCAGCACCCGACAAGCACCUACAGCAGCACCGCGACGCCCUUGGAGCCGCUGGCCUCGCCGCGCGUGAGUAGCAUCAGCGGGCCCCCCGAGAUCCCCGCAACGGGUGUGGUGCAGGAGUGGCCGUGCCCGCGCAGCGCCGCCUCCUUCGAGGCCAUGACCAUGGGCGGCGGCCGCGAGGUCCUCGUCCUGGCCUUUGGAGCCACCAGCGCCGACCAGCAGCAGCUUCCCCUCGACGACGUGUGGCUGUUCCAGGUCCCGCCGCAGGGCAUGUCGGCCGCCAGCGUCACGGCCGCCCUCAUGCAGGCCGUCGGGCGCAAGACGGGCGAGGGCCGCUGGACGCGCGUCGCCACGCGCCCGCACGACGAUGAGGAGCAAGACUGGGCGAGCCUGCCCCGGGCCCGCGCCGGGCUCGCGAGCGCGCCGAUGACGAACCUCGAGGACAGCGGUCUCUUGGUCUGGGGCGGUCUCGGCGAGGACGGCAAGCGCCUCGGCGACGGCUGGGUUCUGAGAUUGUAG